AUGAAGGCAAACUUGGGUUCAUUUGGAGCUGCUUUGAAAACCAAAGAUCUUUGGGUCAUGAAUGUUGUCCCUGAAGAUGGACCAAAUACAUUGAAGCUUAUCUAUGACAAAGGCUUACUUGGCUCAAUUCAUAACUGGUGUGAAGCAUACUCAACAUAUCCACGAACAUACGACCUACUCCACGCGAGCGAUGUAUUCUCCGACAUAAUCGAAAAGAAAGGCUGCAGUGGCGAAGAUCUAUUAAUCGAAAUGGACCGGAUCCUAAGGCCCACGGGCUUCCUAAUAAUCCGUUAUAAAAAACCCGUAAUCGAUUUUGUGAAGAAGUAUUUAACCGCAAUACACUGGGAACAGGUGGCGAUGGCUGAUUCGUCGUCUGAUGAGACCGAUACAGAUCAUGUUGUGCUCAUUGUUCAAAAGAAACUAUGGCUCACUAGUGAAAGCUUGAGGGAAACAGACUAA